AAAACUUCGGCAUAUCUAGCGGUGGGGUGGCUGUGACUUCGAGCUGAUUCACAACUUUCGGGACUAAAUGGCCACCAGAAAGCAAUAAAACAGGAGGCGGCAGGAUGUCUGUGGAGGUGGACGUGUUGCUGCAGGAGGCGAAAGAAAGCAUCGAGGCGGCCCAGAACUACCGCAGUGAACUCCAGCAGCGCCUGAAUGGCCUCAACCAGGCCCGCAAACAGGUCCGGGGCAGCUCUGGUCAGGCCCGCGAGGCCCUCCGGCGGCACUUCACGGAGCUGCAGGUGGCGGCGAGUCGGCUGCUGACGGAGCGGUUGGCCGCCCUGCUGGCCGAAGUCGACGCCAUCGAGGCGGACAGCGUGAAGCCUCUCGAUGACUGCCAGAGCCUCAUUGAGCACGGCGUGGGCCAGGCCGACGAUCUGCUGAGAGACGGGGAAGCGGCUCUUCGCUGUGGUCUUGGGGAGAAGGAGGACAAACUGGGCAGUUUCACCAAGAAGGCCAUGCACAUCCACCUGGACAGCCUCCCGGAGGUCCCAGCGUUGGUGGACGUGCCGUCUGUUUCAGCCCAGCUGGACGACUCCCUGCUGGGGCUGCUGAGGGACCGGGUGUCCCGGCUCGGCUCCGUCUCCUCCCACCCGCCCGUCCAGGUAGAAGAGCUGCAGGAGAGACCGGGCAGCGUCCUGGCCCGCUGGUGUAAGGUGGACGAGGACUUUGCAGCCGCAGAUUACCGGCUGCAGUACCGGCGGACUGGCAGCGGGGGGGUCCAGUACGAGGAUGCCUACAUCGGUCGGGACUGCGAGUUCCUGGUUCUCCACAUCGACCCCCACACCGACUAUCAGUUCAGGGUCUGCGCCCGCGGGGAGGGUCGCACCGAGUGGAGCCCCUGGAGCAUCCCGCAGACGGGCUACACUACGCUCGCGCCGCACGAGUGGUGUCCGGGUACUGACGGCUACAUCCUGAGCAGCAGGAGAAACAUCGCUCUGCGCAGCGACACCUCUCAGUCGCGCUUCCCCGUCCUCUACUCCAGCGCACCGACAUACUUCUGUGGGCAGACGCUCACCUUCAAGAUGUCUGCAGCCGGGCAGAUUGAUCGGAGGGACAGUGUGGGCGUGUGUGUGGACAGCAGGAAGGGGGCAGAGUCCCUUCAGAGAGACCAGGCCGUCUGCAUCUCCACCAACGGUGCCGUGUUCGUUAACGGUAAAGAGAUGACCAACCAGCUGCCGGCCAUCACCGUGGGCUCGGCUGUGACCUUCGACAUGGAGGUGGUGAACCUGUUCCCCGUCAGCAACAACAACCUGAGCGAGGGCGGACACUUCAAGCUGAGGGUCACCAUCGGCUCCGGCAGCCGGGAGGUGGUGUUUGAUUGGCUGGUGGACCAGGCGGUGGACUGCCUCUUCUUCGGCUGCGCUUUCGUUCACUCCGGCUGGAAAGUGCUGGUGUUUUAAUGGAUCCUUUAACCCUCACGGACCUGUUUCUGUCUUUGUUUUAGGGAACCUGAAGAUUCAUUUGAGGUGCAGCUCAAGUUUGUCUCGUUACACAUCUGUAAACAUUGUUUCUUGGUUAGGAGUGUGUAAGGGCUCAGAAGAUUAGAAUUACAUGUAUAAAGGCUCCUCGUGCCUUUUAUGUCCCGUACGUUAUGUGCUGAAACCUUUUGUUACACAGAUUUGGUGCCAAAUUAACUCGAGAAUUAAUAUAAAAUGGUUGAAAAUCCCGCCAAAAUACCAAAUGAAUACACCAACACCUCGAGCAACAUCAAGCAACAACUCAUGCUGGGAUUUGGCAUCAAAAACGAUUUCUGCAAGAAUUGCAUUUUUUGGUGAUCGGAAUGGCGAGCGUUUCUGCUCAGAAACUCCCUUAUUGUCAUAUCUAUAUAUAUAUAUAUCUAUAUAUAUAUAUCUAUAUAUAUAUCUAUAUAUAGAUAUGUAUAUCUAUAUAUAUAGAUAUACAGAUAUAUAUCCAGGAAAGUCGUACAUCCUCUGAUUUCCCCUAAAUCUGUGGUUGUAAAGUUUCAUGAGGCUGUGAUUAUCCUCGAGGUCGUAGUUUAAGAAACUUCCAGAUACGUUUUUUAAACAUUAGCAUCAUAUUUUGCAAGAUUAUUUUUUGUUCUGCCUCUUUGCAGGUGGAGAAUAUAAUCUUAUAGAAUAUUAUUAUAGAACAAGGUUUUGACCCGUUGGAUUGAGACCCAUUUGCACCGCAGCCUUUGUGAAGACUAACAGGCCUUUUAUUAUAUCUAUAGUUAUUUCUAUGAGGUCUCCUGGUAGUAUUGUACAUUCUAGUAUUAUUGUUUCCUUCAAGCUGUAGUUGCCUUUAAAGUUACUGUCAUGUGAUUGUUUUACAACGUUUAACAAAUCACUGAGACUCAAAUCUGGAAGAAACUUUAUUUGUAAGUAAAACGGCUCUUCUGUUACGUAAACGCUGCUUUUCUAGUGUUUAAAAUGUGAUUUUCACGGCAAAAGAUGAGAAGAUUUGUCCUCUCGGUACCUGGAAUAUCGUGCAUCUACCAACGCUGUAAGCUCUGUAAGCUUGUUUUCGUGCGUGCAUGUCGACGUGCAGACAGUUUGUGGGAGCGUUGCUGCCUCUCUGGGAGGAGACGUGAUCCAGACCCGUCAGUGUUUCCAUCUUCUUCAGUCUUCAGGGAGCCACGUUGGAGAAAUGAUAUCCGUGUUUCGUCACGGCUUCUUUCAGCUCACUUUGAUUCUCGAGGUUUUUGUUUACAGCUUGUUUUUUUUUUUCCUCGCUUUGGGGAAGAAUGUUGGCUGUGGAUCUAUGCGUCUUAAUUUAGUUUGACACACACACACACACACACACACAUGCUGUUCUCUUCUGCACAAUGUGUUUUCCUUUCUGUUUUGGGAUCAGUGGAAAGCAAAGACACGCGUUACAAUCUGCUGGUUUUUCUAUAUUUGUAUUUGUUUAUCUUAAAAAUAACCCAUAACUGUGAAGAUCACACCUCGUUUUGUUGCCUUGUAAACUUGUUUAUAGGAGGUUUAAAGGGACAGUUCACUGAAAACAGUGUUGUGUGUCUGGAGUUUUGGGGUUUGAUAAACCGCAGUAAUAAAACACGAAGCCUGAAAUGGCACAAAGACGCUUGAAGGUCCAGUGUGCAGCAUUCAGGAUCUAUCUUUGUUAAGCUGCAGGCUGGAGAAAUAAAGCUUUGUCUGUCGCCGUGACAAUAAUGACGAUGUUACUUUGAGUUCAUUUUGCUUUUUGCAUUGACAAUCCGAACAGUAUUUACAAAAGCUGCGGUUGCAGCGGGAGGAUGAGAGUUUGAGUUUUGAGGCGCGUGUGUGAUUUAAUGGUUUAUUGAUAAAUCAGAUUAUUAUUAUUAUUACUGUGUGAGGCUGUUGUUGGUUCAUUAAUGUGCAGAACUGUUCUGUGUUUGUGUACAAGAUAUUGUUCUAAUGAUGUUUGACCUGAAAGCAGAAUAACAAGGUUUGGAUAUGGUGGAACUUUUUGGUUUUAAACUAUUUUGUGUAAUAUUUUAACAAUAAGUUCAGGUUUGUUGUCAUCCAGCUGGAGAAUUAGGGCUGAAACUGAUGAUGAUUAAUGAAUCUACUCGUUACACCUCGUGUCCAUCCAGCAGCAUAAAAAACUAAAAUAUUCUAUUAAUGACAAACAGAAAAGCUAAAUCUCUUAAUAUCUGAGGUGUAGCCAGUUAACAAUAAACAAAGUCUCCUGAUGGAGGCAUCUUGUUUUAAAGGAAUAGUUUGACAUUUUGGGCCGUUGCUCGUCAAUAAAACACCUCCAACAUGUGAACUCAUCGUCUUUAUGCAUUCCUGUUUUUGUUUGAAACGCUAGCAGUUUCCCUCCGUUUCCAGUCUUUAUGCUAAGCUACGCUAAUCGCCUCCGGGCCCAAACUCCAUAUUUAAAACACAAACAUGAGAGAUAUUAAUCUACUCGUCUCACUCUCAGCAAUAAUAAUAAUAAAAAAAAUGAUUGUUAUUUAAAGAGCUUCGCAAAGACUGAAAAAUCAAAAAUCCUAUUUUUUUUAAAAGAAAACAGUUGGUGUAUAAAACAAUAUAGUGAAGAAAUACACUAUAAUAAUAAUCAUAAAAGAUGAUUCAAAGGAGAUUAAAACUCAAGUAAACUCAGAAAAGGCUCUCCGAUAAGUUUGUUUUAAGAAAGGACUUAAAGGCAACAAAGCAAAUAAGUGCAUCUCCUAAAAUGUCAAACUAUCCCUUUAACAAAGUUAUUUUGUUUUGCAUCACGUUUCUAGAAAAGCGUCUCCGACUCUGGUACAUCAGGAUUAUUUAUGUAACUUUUCACACAUGUUUUUGUCUGUCAGUUUUAUUAUAUGGUGGCGUGAAGGCCUUCAACAAAGAUGCUCAACGGUCGUUAAGAUAUCAGUGGAUGUUUCUCCUGAACUCUUGAGAUCUUUCCUCGUGUGUCGUCUCUGGAGAACCCUGGAUGGUACAGAUUCCCUGAAACCAGUGAACAGAACUUUCUGCUGAAGAGGAAACAGCGACCUGCUGGUCAAACCUCUGUACUGCAGCCAUCGAUAUUUUGUUCAAUAAAGGUCAAAUUACAUAAA